AAGUCACAUUGACAGGACAUGUCUAUCGAUAUGGAAGUUCCUAUCAAGAUACGAAAACCGUCGAAGAUCGGCUUAUUUUUUAUUGCAGCUACAGGCGGGAUUGCGACGGCGAUUAGCGUCGUGUGUUAUCCAUUUGUCAGCCCUGCGUUUCGCAAGAUAUGUUUGCCGUACGUGCCAGCCACGCGUCAACAAAUAAAAAAUGUUAUUCGAGCGUUAAACGAUCGUUCCGGCUCCUUGAUCGAUCUCGGCAGCGGCGACGGACGUAUUGUCCUCGCAGCGGCAAAGCGUGGCUUUAAAGCCCACGGUAUCGAAUUAAAUACCUGGCUAGUAUGGUAUUCGAGGCUUCAAGCAGUGAUUAACGGUCUGUCGAAGGUUACUGCGUUUCACAAACAGGAUUUAUGGAAACAUCACUUAGGAAAAUAUGAUAACGUCGUUAUAUUUGGCGUAGAUCAAAUGAUGGAAGAUAUCGAAAAAAAGUUUAAUAACGAAUUGCGAAAAGAUUGCCUCGUAAUCGCAUGUAGAUUUUCUCUUCCUAAUACGCAUCCUGUUAUGACGAUUGGACAUGGAGUUGACACCGUUUGGAUUUACAAGAUAUCCUAGAGCUGAAUUUGAGGUAAC